CCAUUCUACCUCCUGGGUUACUUAAAGAGGGGCCAUUGAUUUUGGCUGGCUCUGGUCAUUGACUGAAAAGGUGAGAAGUUGCUACAAAUCCCACCAUUUAAAGAAAAGGAAAAAAAACAACUUUAAAAAGAAAUCCUAUAUUUAUUUGAAAUGAGUUCUGUCCCAGAGUGGGUGUUGUUGUCCCUGAUUGCUGCCCUGAUCGCUCUAUUGUUACUUACACUCUUUGGAGUGGCAGUAUACUCAGGACUACUAACAGAAGUAGAGGUACGAGCGGGUCCCCCACCCAUCCGUGGGGUGGUUGUGGCAUACAAAUUCCGUGUUGGACCCUAUGACGAGAGUGGGAACUUGUACACGGAGAAUGUCAGCCUUGCACCAAAGCUUGUCUCCAUUGGGGUUUACUACGACAAUCCAAUGAAGGUCCCUGUGGAGUUCUGUAGGUAUAUGGUGGGCACUAUCCUUUGUGAGGGGGACGAAAAGCCAUUACCCGAUCAUGUCCGAAUAUUCCGUAAACAUGGAUUUAAGUUCUGGGUCUUACCUGAGGUGAACCACGCUGUUAUGGCCACGUUUCCAUAUACUACUCCCUUCUCAAUACAACUGGCAACCACCCGAGUACAUCCUGCCUUGGAGAAAUACGUCAAGGAAAGAAAGCUGAGUGCUCACCCUUAUGUUGAGAUAUAUAAAGGAGACAAGAUCAUAUUCAUGUGCCCACUGUCUCGACAGAAUGACUUUUACGUGCCUGAGAUGAAAGAAUUGAUGAGAAAGGAAAAAGGAGAGGAAAGUUUGCCGGAUAGCGCAGAGACUGACCCUAUGUUACCAGAGGAAUUAAUGAGUCUGGAGCUGGUGUCUGAGAACCCUGAGGAAACAGGAGAUGGAUCCCAGCAGAAAGAACACAUGGAAAGCGAGAAGAGCCACAGCGAGUCUGGGGCAAGCUGCUCCUCUUUUGAAGAACUGGAAACAGAUGCAUGUGGGUCUGCCGGAAAGGCUCAACUGGACACUAAAGCCAAAUGGAGUGAAAUGCCCGAGACCUGGGAAAAGGCGAAACCAGAGGAAUGAGUGUUCACUCGUGGCUGAUGCUCAUUCGAUCUAUUCCCUUUGACUCUUUUCUCUCAGUGCAAUAUUAUUACUAUAUCUUUUAUAUCCCUCUUAUACUUUGUAUCUCUCAUAAUGUAAGAAUUCUACCCUUAAAUCCUAUUCCUAUCAUCCUCGGUUUUCCGAAAUUCUUUCUUGUUUUCUCUGUCUUUCUGAUUAUUUUUUUCUUCACAUUUUUAUGUAUUAAUUCAUUUUUAAUUAUUAUUUUAUUACUGCCACUCAGUUGAAGCUGAUGAAUUUGUAUGAUGGAGUCUUGUACUUUAACAAUAACAAAAUCUAGAGUUUUCAAAUACAUAUCGAAACUUUAACCCCUUAAGGACACAUGACGGAAAUAUUCCAUAAUGAUU